AUGGAGGAUAUCUUGGCCCUGUGGGUAGAAAAUCCACGCGAGGGAAAGGGCGUCCUGGUUUUGGUAGCCGCAGUAUCUGUUGCCCUUCUUUGGUGGUGGAACAAACAGGAUGAAAGGCGCUUGGCGGGCAAGCUAAAGACUGCAUCCACAACCGAGACUACCAACAGGAAGAGCCGAGGCCCCGUUUGUCCCUUUUCUGCUGAAUCCAACUUUUUGGUUGAAACAGCCCAUGAUUUGCCUCCAGCUCCACUGGAUUUGUUGGAAUCCUGGGUGGACCCGUCACACCCACACUUCGGCAAGUAUCCCUUGGCCGCACGGUGGCUGGAGGCGGGGAUUUCCGGGCAAGACACUCCUGGUAUGCUGCGAGCUGGUCUCAAGAGACUACGCGACUCCAAAUUCUUUCUGGUAGAAGAACCGUUCCGGCUCCAAGAGGAACUGGCCCUGAAGGAGAAGGCAUUGGAUGAUCCCGAGCGGACCGUCUUUGUGGCAGAGUCCGAUGACAUGUGCAUAAAAGCCCAGCAGGAAUGCUUAGAACUUUUUCUUCAAUAUUUGCCACAGAGAUAUCCUGACUUAUACUCCUACAACAAGCAGCAGAAUACCAUUCAUGUUAAACCACUGGGCUCCACCUUUUACAUCAAUGACUAUCAAGAACGGCCAUUGGAACUUUGUGAAAGAAUUGUGCAGGAAGAUCUCGUCUUGAUGAGACAACCCAAACAACCAGAGGAAAGUCAGUACAUCAUGUCUGCAGCAGCUGUGGUCUUUAGCUUCUUUCAGCUUGCAGAAAAACUCGGAAAACCAGUUGCCUUUAUCCAUGCACCAGUGCCCGGAUAUCAGGAACAAUUGCGUCGGACAUUGGACCUGACCUUUGACAAAUUACUCAAGACAGAGUCCCCCAUGUGGAGGAACAACUGGGGAUUGGCACCAUCUGGAGAGCUCGACAAGCCGCUGUUUGGAGAAACUGACCAUGCCAAUAAGGAGGGUCCUUCCUUUGACGCCUCGACAAUGACAAGUGCCGAUGUCCAAGGGAUCUUUCUUAAAGUGGAGUAUCAGACCAUUCGCCGCUUACCAGCAUCAGGAUACUUGCUGUUUACGGCGAAGACCAUGACAGAUCCCAUGAGCAGCUUGGAGCAUACUCCCAAAGCAGCAGCCUGUUUGGCCAAGUCGAUUCGAGGUAUGAGUCCAGCAAUGAGAGCCUACAAGGGAAUAGAGAAUGAUGAAAUCUGCAAGGUUGUGUUAGAGUACCUUGAUAGCAUUGCGGGUGACGAACAGGAAAAAGCAGGAGGGAAAGAUGAUGUUAUUGGUGGGAGAAAGUAG